UCACCUUCAUUACUCCUUUCUCGUAUUUAUGGGAAUCGUUGUUUUAAGUUUGAAGUUCCAUCGGCUGGACUACACGGCAGCGUUUGGGUUUAUUUUGGCAGAUACUGUGAUUUUAGAGAUGUGCGGCCUGUCUCGUGAAGACUGAAGGGUAGCCAUAUUGCUUCUUUUUUGUGAGAGAUAUGGAGAGCGAUCACAACCAGCCACUUCUCUCAAAUGAAGACGAAGAUGGAAAAUGGAGAUCACAAGAUUUUUGGUCAAAAUUAUGGAGGGAGACCCAGCAGCUAUGGGUGAUCGUGGGGCCAACCAUAUUUGCCCGUGUGGCUACCUUCACCAUGAACGUAAUCACCCAAGUUUUCGCCGGUCAUCUCGGCGAUGUGCAGCUCGCUUCCAUUUCGAUCGCCAACACCGUCAUUGUGGGUUUCAAUUUUGGCCUCCUGCUGGGGAUGGCGAGUGCGUUGGAGACGCUAUGUGGGCAGGCGUACGGAGCAAAAAAGUACCACAUGUUGGGAAUAUACUUGCAGCGCUCAUGGAUAGUGCUGUUUUUGUGUUGCUUUUUGCUGCUUCCUUUCUACGUUUACACCACUCCCGUUUUGAAACUGCUCGGCCAUGAGGACGACGUGGCGGAGGAAUCGGGGGUGGUGGCCAUUUGGCUGAUACCACUUCACUUCAGCUUCGCCUUUCAGUUUCCGCUGCAGACAUUCUUGCAGUGCCAGCAUAAGACGAUGGUCAUCGCUUGGGUGUCGUUGGUGGGGUUGAUUGUGAAUGUUGUUUCGAGCUGGGUUCUGAUUUAUGAAUGGGAACUUGGGGUGAUUGGUGCAGCCAUAGCUCUGGACGUGUCUUGGUGGGUUCUUGGUUUUGGAUUGUAUUUCUACACCGUUGGUGGUUGGUGCCCUUUGACAUGGACCGGAUUCUCCAUUCAAGCCUUUCACGGCCUCUGGGAAUUCCUCAAACUCUCUACUGCUGCUGGUCUCAUGCUUUGCUUGGAGAAUUGGUACUUCCGAAUCCUCGUAUUAAUGACAGGAAAUUUGGAAAAUGCCACGACAGCCGUAGAUGCAUUAUCAGUAUGCAUGAGCAUCAAUGGAUGGGAGAUGAUGAUUCCUAUAGCAUUCUUUGCUGGAAUCGGGGUAAGAGUUGCAAAUGAGCUGGGAGCUGGGAACGGAAAAGGUGCAAAAUUCGCAACAAUUGUAUCGGUAGCGCAGUCGAUACUGAUUGGAGUUGUAAUAUGUGUCGUUAUAAUGACAUUUCAUGACAAGAUAGCCUUAAUCUUCACAAGCAGCAGCAGUGUGGUGGAAGCUGUGGAUUCACUCUCAAACUUGCUGGCCAUCACCAUUCUGUUAAACAGCAUCCAACCCGUUCUUUCAGGAGUGGCAGUUGGAUCAGGUUGGCAAUCAUGGGUUGCAUACAUAAAUAUUGGAUGCUAUUAUAUAAUUGGUCUCCCUCUUGGUUUCAUUAUGGAAUGGGUUUUCCACUCUGGAGUUUCGGGUAUCUGGGCUGGAAUGCUAUAUGGUGGGACUGCACUUCAGACAAUAAUAUUAAUCAUCAUUACGAUCAGAACUGAUUGGGAAAAAGAGGCUGAGAAAGCACAAAUGCAUGUAGACAACUGGUCAAGUCCUCGGAAAGAUGAGAAGCUUCUUCUAACUUAAAAUUUAAUUUCAGGGUGUGGAAUAAAUCCUGGAAGAUAAUUAAUUGAUUGAUUAUGCCUUUUAUUCUUUUUGUUUUCUAUUUUUUAAUUAUCAUGUAUUGAGAAUAUUUCAUAGUUAUUGUUGAAUUAAUUUUUAGUCCUUAUCCAUUUUGGGUAAUUUUGAGAUUAUACUAGCCUACUAAAAUAUUUAGAUCUGUGAGGAUCUAUCUUAUGAUUACCACUAUUAAAGGUAG